AUGUCAUAUCCAGAUAUUCCUAGAAAUAGUCUUUCCGAUUGGAGACAAUUGGCUCAUGGAAUGUGGCCAAGUAAGCCAACAUUCAAGGAGGAUCGAUAUCCAUCAUUGGAGGGAAAAGUGGUCAUUGUUACUGGAGGUAACACAGGUCUUGGUUAUGAAACGGUCAAGUCAUUGGCUGGCUCAACCAAGGCAAGAAUCUAUAUCUUUUCAAGAAACAAGGAAAAGACCCUCAAUGCUAUAGAUGAUCUCAAGUUGGAAGUGCAAAAGGAAUAUAGUGUUAAGAACAGAGAAAUUGGAUUUGUUCAGGUUGAUUUGAGUGAUCUUACCUCUAUCAAGCCAGCAGUAGAGGAGUUUUUGAAAAAGGAAGACAGGUUGGAUAUUAUCAUCCAUAAUGCAGGUGUUAUGAUGCCUCCACAGGGUUCAAAGUCCAAGCAAGGUUAUGAAAUUCAAAUAGGAACCAAUGUAUUGGGCCACCACUUGUUGCAACGUUUAUUAGAUCCUAUUUUCAUCAAGACCUCGGAAACAAACCCCAAGGGCUUGUCCAGAAUCGUGUGGUUAUCAUCAACUUACCAUAUGUUUGCACCAAGAGGCGGAAUUUUCUGGGAGGACAUCAAUUUCGAAAAAGUGCCCAAGUUCAACAAUCUCACCAAAACGCAACUCUAUGGACAAAGUAAAGCGGCUAAUUUGAUCCAAGCCCGUACAUGGUCCAGAAAACAUGAUUACCCCAAUGUUAUUAGCAGUUCAAUUUGUCCGGGUUACUUGAAUACAGACUUACAAAGACACGCAAGUGCACUUGAGAGGUAUGUUUACCAGUAUGUUUUAUGGCCAAAGAGAAUGGGUGCCUACACAGAAUUAUAUGCUGCUCUUUCUCCAGAUGUCAAGGACGGUGACCAUUCAAUUUCUUUUGGUACACCUGCUAAAGGAAGAGAAGAUUUAUUGAGUGAUGAAGUUGGUGAUAAAGUUUGGACAUGGCUUGAUAAGGAAACCGAUCCUUAUGUUUAG